GGGGGAAGCAAACGGAGAUGUGCAUGACAGCCUUGUGAUUGUGACACCGUUCCUCUUUCUCUCCGUCACCGUCCCUCAAACCCCAUACGGCGCCGUUUCCUCUUUCCUCUGUCGUUUCUUUCCCUUCUCCCCUCUCUCUGUACCUCUCGAUGCGUUUCUUUAUCUGAUUCCGCGUUGUCGUUUUCUCUCUGCUUUGCCUUCGCUUCGAGUCAACUCUCCUUUUAAUUGCCGUUUCGUCGAUUCAUACACUCAAAGCACCCUCUUAACGCGGUUUUCUCUCAGGUUUUAAUCGGUGUCGUUUCAUGAAUAAUUGAGUCACGUGCGGGAAUUAGUUUUGGUCCGAACGACACUUUGCCGUUGUUGAUGGAGCGGCUGGGGAGCUUCAAUGGCAGUCAGCAUGUUAUAGAAAUAGCUGGUAGUGCAGAUGCUUCCACCUCAUCUGCCUCACCUCACGAUAGACAUUUUAGUGGUGUAGAUGCUGCACAGCAUGAAGAAAGAAUAAGUGGAGUGCGGAUGCCUCUUUCUCAGCCUUCGGUUUCUACCUCCAGUGUAUCUAAUGGAACAAAUAGUAGGAAUUCUUCAUUUAUAAGACGGGGGGAUACUCGUCGGAAUAGGAGUCCUGUGCAUUCAGGGUUAUGGAUAUCUAUUGAGCUGGUCCUCUUAGUGGGCCAGAUUGUUGCAUCUAUAGUUGUUUUGUCUUUGUCAAGGCAUGAGCAUCCACGUACCCCGUUGUUUCAAUGGAUCGUAGGUUAUGCUUCUGGAUGUGCUGCUACCCUCCCUCUGCUUUAUUGGCGGUAUUAUCAUCAUAACCAUAUGCGAGAGCAAGAUUCAUCUCUAUCGCGGCAAACAUCUCCUCGGAUUAAUGAUCCUUCAGGGACACUUCUUUCCAGUUCCAGAACUAAUGGAGGAGAAGAUGGUCAUCCUAUUACUGUGUCCUCCAGAAGUAUUCAAGCUUCAGUGUUGAUGAACAGAAGAAUGAAAACACUAGUGGAAUACUUCAAAAUAUCCUUAGAUUGCUUUUUUGCUGUAUGGUUUGUUGUUGGAAAUGUAUGGAUCUUUGGGGGACAUUCGUCUGCUGAUGAAGCUCCUAACUUGUACAGGUUAUGUAUAGUGUUUCUUGCAUUUAGUUGUAUUGGCUAUGCUAUGCCCUUCAUUCUCUGUUCAACAAUCUGCUGUUGUCUUCCUUGUUUAAUUUCCAUCCUUGGGGUUAGAGAGGAUUUGUCACAAAACAGGGGGGCAACCUCUGAAUCCAUUAAUGCUCUGCCAACUUACAAGUUCAAGACGAAGAAAAAUAAAAGAAAUGGUGAAGGUAACAUAGCUGCUGAAGGUGGAAUUGUUGCUGCAGGAACUGAAAAAGAGCGUGUGAUUUCUGGAGAAGAUGCAGUUUGCUGCAUCUGCCUGGCUAAGUAUGAAAAUAAUGAUGAACUGAGAGAAUUGCCUUGUUCGCAUCUUUUCCACAAAGACUGCGUUGAUAAAUGGUUAAAGAUAAAUGCAUUAUGCCCUCUUUGCAAGAGUGAGGUUGGUGAGAGCUUAACAGGAUUGGUCUCGGGAGAGGAUGCCAGCCAACAACGGGUUGAGAAUGGCCUCACGAAUACCUCAGUUUAAUCUGGUUAUAUACAAAUACACAAUUUGGAUCCUCUCAUUUUCCUUAAGAACUGAGAAGUGGAUAAUCUCCUCUGGCGAGUUAAGAGAGAGAGAGAGAAAGAACAAAUCACCUAUUUAUAAAACUGCUGGACCCCGCUGGAAGUAGUGGGUGAUACAAUAAACUUUGUUUUUCUCUCUCGUAACAUGAUACUCAUCUUGAGGAAAAGGAAAUAAUCCAAAGCUCCUUUUAUACAUAUCCACACUUGUAAUUUUGUAAAGCUUUUUCUAUGCAAUCCACUCUUUCCUUGGAAGGAUGUUUGGUUGAGUCCAUCCUUUCUAUUCCAUUUUUGUUGAUAAGUUUUUUUUUCUUGUCGGAACUGUAAGUUGGCCGAUACGAGGCAUUGCCUUUUGUAGUCUAUUUGUGAUGGAUGCAGCUGAUUGUUCAAGGGAGGCUCAUCAUGGCCAUAAGCUUUAUGGUAUUGACAAUGGGAAUUAAAACGCAUGGUUUCAUGUAAAUGGUUCAGAGGAAUAUAUUUAAAAUGAAGUUAGUGCCAUCUUCAUUAGUCGGCAAUUAUCAUGUCUUUGUAAAUGUGUUUAGUUGCUAUUUUUUUUCUUUUCAGGAGUAUUAUUUAUAGGUAUCUUACUAGUUUAUUCUAUUUUGGCCUUCAUUUAUGUUCAGUGUUAAUCUUGAAACAUUCGAGUAUAAAACAUUUUAUUAUUUAAUCCAAUGGUAUUUAAAAUUGUUC